AACUGUCAAAUGCAAUGACUGCUUAUAUAUCCAUGACAAGAAACUUUUGAAACAUUGCUUCCCGCCCAUCAUCACCUCCCAUAAAAAAUAUAUCCAAGAUGACCACAAAAGCUGAAGUUCCACAAGCAGCAGGUCAAAAACCAUCAAAGAGACCUUCAAUGGGAGAACAAAGAUUAACAGAUUCAUACGUACCAACAAUGGCUCCCGACAAUGCAUGUGACGAACCUGCUCCUUCCGCUCCAGGUGGCGCAGGAAAGGAUGCAAUCGCAAAAGAUGCAAACACAGGCGCCGAUUACGAUAAGGUUUAUGGUGUUCGUCCAAAAACUACAUGGCAAUUGAAGCCUCACCGUGAAUGGACAUUAUGGGAAUUCAUUGCGUCCCUCGAUAUCUGCCCUGAAUCGGCUUAUCAACGUAGAGAUAGCAAAGCACCAAUGCGUGGACCACCACCAGUACGACCAAUGCACGAAGAGAAUGCAUUCAUUCUUUCAACCGCUUCCGUUCCAUUGGUCUUGCACGCCGCAUGGAACUACUUUGUUCCCGAUCACAAACUCCACCCGGUUCCUGGUUGGAUUCUAUACCAUUUGGCUUUCAUCGGUUUUGCAUUCGUCAUGAUCGGAAGAUUGCACAAGUACAUGGCAAACUACGGUACAUUCGACGAACAAAACCGUGGACGCGACAUGGUUGAUGACCGUCACGUAAACCAUUUGGGACGAUCAAUUUUCAUUUACACCGUUUUCAGAACCCUUGGACCCUUCUUGCUUGCCUGGAGAGGAGAUAUGACCAACGUUUUCGAAGGUUUGCACUGGACAACGCCUCUCAAGAUGGCAUGGUGGGAAGUUGCAUUGGAUUAUUGGUUCUACCUCUACCAUCGUUCUUGUCACGAGUUUGACUUCUUAUGGUUCAUCCACCGUCAACAUCAUGCAACCAAGCAUCCCACACCAAUUCUUUCCAUUCUAGCAGAUGAUUAUCAAGAAGUUUUGGAAAUUUUCAUCAUUCCAUUUUUGGCAACGGCAGUUACACCAAAGAUGUCAUUCAUUGAACUUUGGUUGAUUAUCAAUUAUACACUAUACGUUGAAGCUUUAGGUCAUUCUGGUAUUCGUGCAAUUUGGCCACAUCCAAUUUUAGGUUUGGCUUUACGUCCUUUUGGAAUGGAAUUGGCCGUUGAAGAUCAUGACUUACAUCAUAGAUUCGGCAAAUCAGGAAAGAACUACGGAAAACAAACUCGUAUUUGGGAUCGUUUGUUUGGCAGUGUAGGGGAGAGAAUUGAAACACCCUAUACGGGAUAUUUGGGCAACUGAUCGUCAUUCCAGAAUUGCAAAUACACCAUCCCCAGCAUUCACCGUGACCUGCGCGCGCGCUCUCUCUUAUUAUACACCUUCUAAUUAUACACUACCCGCUUCUGCCUUGUAUGCUUUUAUUUCCCUUGCUUUACGUGAAGAUAUCAAUAGAAUGAAAAUAUUGAAG